AUGAUUGCGGUGCAAGACAACGACUAUACAGCUGCUAUUGAAAGGCUUGAGAGCGCAGGAUUCAAACGAAGUGUUCCAAACCGCGCACCUGCCUCUGAAAUCAUGGAGGACCAUCCGAACCCACAGCAGGUGCUGGAGGAGAUUAAUGCUGGCUAUGAACGCUUGGAUCAGUCCUGUGCAGUGUUUGAUUAUCCAAAUAAUGGCGAACCAACAGAAAAAGGCUUGCAAGUGUAUUUGUUUCCCAACAUGUUUGCGCACUCUUUCCAGGACGAUCCCCCCCGCCCUUUGACUGAAGCAAGAGAUGGAGCACCGAGAAAGCGAUUUGAAACUUACGGCAACCUGUGCUACCCAUUGGAACAAACGCUCCUGGAAAGCUUUGUUAAGGCUGCAAUCGAUGAGGAAACAGAAAAAGGCUGUUCUACGUGGGGCGAGUCACUCAGGUCCUGGGUAUCUCUGAUGACAGGGUACCUAGAGGUUGAUAAUGAUGCUCUUGAUCAUUGCCCAGAUAAAACUGCAGUGGAAUGGUACAGUCACAACUUUGGUAGGAUUCACGAGGCCAAUUUCGGUCCCAUUUAUCGACGCGUUACGAAACGGCUGGGCUCGGGAAAGGAGAUGCCAGUAGAUAUGAGAGGAAAUCCUAUUUAG